CAAGUGGAGAAGGGGAAGGGGGCUGGGCUGUCUCCGAAUGCUUUAUAAACGCCCUGAUACACCUUCCCUCAGAUGCAAGUAACUAGUAAAUAUAACUAAAACUUAGUGAAUAAAUAUUACUGAGGCUAUUUGCAAACCAUUUAAAGUGUUUAACUACUUUGUGUGGGUGAUCAACAGUGGACAAUCAAACUUAACAGACAUGGAUGACAUCCAAGUUGCGCCAAAAGCACCCCUGCUUGUUGACAGGGAAUUGCCAGGGCUCAGAGCAGCUGUUGCACAACUUGUGAUAAAGGAGCACGAUGUGGAGACUCCCCAUGGAAGGAUCCACUGCACCAUGAAGGGGAUGCCCAAAGGAGACCGGCCCGUCAUCCUCACCUUCCAUGACAUUGGACUGAACCACAAGACGUGCUUUGACUCCAUGUUCCAGCAUGAGGACAUGCAGGAGAUCAUGCAGCACUUUGCUGUUUGCCACGUCGAUGCCCCUGGGCAGCACGAGGGGGCCAACACUUUCUCUACUGGGUACGAGUACCCCUCCAUGGAUCAGCUGUCUGAGUCCCUCCCCCUGGUCCUCAAGCAUUUUGGCCUGAAAAGCAUAAUUGGAAUAGCCGUCGGAGCUGGAGCCUACAUCCUGGCGAGAUUCGCUCUGGACUACCCAGCGUUGGUGGAAGGCCUGGUUCUGGUUAACAUCAACCACUGUGCUGAGGGAUGGAUGGACUGGGCUGCAAACAAGGUCACUGCUUUGCCCGAAAUGCUCAUCGGCCAUCUCUUCGGGAAGGAGGAAAUAUCCAACAACCACGAUCUUAUCGCCACCUACCGCCAUCACAUCAUGAACGACAUGAACCAGUACAACCUGCACCACUUUGUCAAAGCUUACAACAGCCGGCGGGAUCUGGAGAUUGAGAGGCCCAUUCCUGGUGGGAAAGUCUCCGUCAGAACCCUGAAGUGUCCUUCUCUGUUGGUGGUAGGAGACAGCUCUCCGGCUGUUGACGCUGUGGUAGAGUGCAAUACUAAGCUGGACCCGACAAAGACCACACUGCUCAAGAUGGCGGAUUGCGGAGGCCUGCCCAUGGUUGACCAGCCUGCAAAGCUGACAGAGGCCUUCAAGUACUUCAUUCAGGGAAUGGGCUACAUGCCCGCCGCCAGCAUGACCAGACUGGUCCGCUCUCGCACUGCAUCCGGCUCCAGCAUCCACUCCAUGGAUGGCAACAGGAGCCGGUCUCACACCAACGAGGGAAACAGGAGCCGGUCUCACACCAACGAGAAGCGUGGCCGCUCCCACACGGACAGUAUGGAAGGCACAGCGAACAGCAGCACCGCGCUCAAGUCCACCGAAGUGUCCUGCUAGAUGACCCUUACAUGACACUCAACCUUUAACCUCUGGCCCCCUGGUUCCUGCUGCGCUGCCACUAACCACACCUACAAACACACAACUAGAGAAUGUCUCUAUGCCAAAGAGUUAUGCGAAGAGGUUGUGUGUGUGUGUAAGGCUAUGCAAGUAUAUACUACUGCAUUAUGAAGGAAAUUCCUUAGAGGGAAAAACGUAUUCUGAAAUAAACGGAUCCCUUCCCAUCUGCCGAGUCAGGUGGAAUAUCUAGUUGUUAGUGGCAACGCAGCAGAGUGACACAGCGCAACGGAGAAUGUGGGAGAAAGCUGUGGCUGCAGAACCAGUACUUAAUACAGGAGUUUGUUUAAAUCUAUCAUCAUGACAGUUCUGUUUGGUUUUUUUUGUCUAUAGUUCUUUAUUACAUAUGAUACAGCUUUCUCAAAUGUGUACCUGACUAAAUGACUUUCUAAUUGUUCAUCGUUAACUUUUCAAUGUUAUGAUUAAUGUACUGUGGGAUACAGGAGAGAAGUGGCGGAAGAAUAGGUAGGCAAGUGGAUAAAAAACAAACAUAUGGCGUCUUUUAUCUUCUCAAAUUGCUAUUGGUCUUUGAAACUUUGGAAAGGAGGGAAUUGAAAAGAAUCAUGUACACACAACAUUCCUGUAAUGAUCCCUCUCUUUUAGGAUGUCUUUCAUCUAAAGUUAACAUUCUUCUGGAUGUAUUGUAGAACAUUUCAUGAGAUGAUCCUUUCAUUAAUCAAACAAACACAUAAUGUUGCUUUAUUAACAGAUCAUGGCUUCAGGCAAAAUUGUUCUUUUGGAUAUUUCUUCUUGUGUAUGUAAAUGAUUAUUUCUAUGCAAUCACGGCAGAACAAAGAUAAUGUGCCAUGGAGACCCUCGGACUUAUUAAGGCUCCUUUGUUGUGAUGGAUUUGAGAAAGUCAAGCCGAUCCACAUGAUGUAAUAUAAAGAUCCCAGUUAGCCAUAGAGCUUAUCAAAAACCCUCUCCCACUCUUACGUGCAUGACAGCAACACUUGCCGGCUUUGUAGAACACCGGCCUCCAUCGCUUUAUAAAGAUACAUAACUGCCUAAUGCUGUAGAUGAGAAGCAUUAAAUAUAGCAUAUCAAUUUGUAUUUAUUAAAAACCUAUAACUUUU